GCAGGUUUGUGGAGCUACGCUUUCAUGCCGUCAGUCUUGCGGACUCUGAGAUGGACGUCAGAUUUUAUCCAGCUCCCCCUUCAAGCGUGGGUUCAUGUACUGACUCCGGUUUGGACUAUUACCACUCCAACAAGAACAGAUACACUGCUGCAGAUCGAGGUGUGAGGCUCUACAGUUCCUUGCCUAUGCGCCCAAACCCUGACGGCAAGAGACUGCCCUCUACUGGGUUUGAUGGUGACAACAUGUACAUGAAUGAAAACAGCCACGAUUUCCUCCCGCCAAACCAGAGCUACACAGGUCAGAGUGGCGGCGGGGGAGGAGGAGGAGGUGGCGGUUCGGGCAGUGGAAAUGGGGACGAGGACUACGAGAUCCCCCCCAUCACUCCCCCAAACCACCCCGAGCCCUCUCUUCUUCACCUGAUGGAGCACGACUCUACAGGCUACCUCUGCCACUCGCUGCAACACAAUGGGCUCAUCAACCCGUACUCCUACCCAGAACUCAUGAUGUCCAACAUGCUGGCCCAGGACAGCCACCUCGUCUCCAGCCAAAUGCCCUCGAUGCAGGAGAUGGCUUUGCACCACCACCACCACCAACAACAGCAACACCAUCACCAUCACCAGCACCCAGACGGCGCUCAUUAUGACCGCGCCCGUCACCACUCCCUGAUAAACCGCUCACCUCCGAUACUGCCCAACCCUAUGAGUGCACUGACCCAGCUAAACCCUCAUGUGAGCAGGAGUGCCCUGCCUCAUGGUUCUCCCUCUCCUCCCGGGAGUAAAUCGGCCACACCCUCCCCCUCAAGCUCCAAUCAGGAAGAGGAGACUGAUCCUCAUUCGAAGAUGGUCUUCCAGAUCACGGGAGAGAAGCGGCCGUCUUCAGAGAUGAUGAAGCCCAAGCCCAAACCCCAAAAAAAGAAGAAGAAGAAGGAUCCCAAUGAGCCGACCAAGCCUGUGUCAGCCUAUGCCUUGUUCUUCAGAGACACCCAGGCAGCCAUUAAAGGACAGAAUCCCAACGCCACCUUUGGAGACGUAUCCAAGAUAGUGGCCUCCAUGUGGGACGGACUGGGAGAGGAGCAGAAACAGAACUACAAGAGGAAAACAGAGGCUGCUAAGAAGGAGUACCUGAAAGCCCUGGCCGCCUACAGAGCCAGUCUGGUUUCCAAGACAUAUAACGAUCCCGGCGAGACAAAAGGUCCCCAAACCAGCCAGGCUUCUUCACAUAUGAUGCCAGCCAACCAGCCCCUGUACAGCGUGCCACACUCCCCCCAGCCAUCGUCGCCCUACCUGGGGCCCGGGGGCUUCCCCCUCACCGACCUGCAGAGCUACGCAGGCCACGCCCCUCGCCACGCCCUGUCCCAGACGCUCAGCCAAUCGCAGAUGCUGCCCAGCAUUAGUGCCUCUCCCCCCUCUUCCUUCCAGAUCAGCCCCCCCCUUCACCCCCACCAGCAGCUCUCCCUGCACCAGAGCUCGCUCCUCAACCAGCCUAUCCGCAUGCAGCAGGUCCAGUCCCAGCCAAUCAUCUCUCACCAGAUGGGGCUGCAGGCCUCUCUGCACUCCCCUCCUCCUGGGCAGCAGGGUUUUUCCCACCUCCAGUCAGAGUAUCAGAAGAGCCUUGGGGGCCCCCAGUCUCCAGGAGCCCCUGGCCCUGGUCCAGGCCCUGGAGUGCCUCAGGGCCAUGACUGGGACGGUGAAUACUGCAAUCGGGAGUGUGGCAACCACUGCAGUGGCAGCAUGAUUGGCAGGGACAAGCCACUCUACCUCACCUGAAACUGAAGAUCAUGCUCAGAUCCUGUCGACAAAAAACGACACUGAAGAGUCUAACCUCAUCGCCCCCAUCCUCCAACCCCUAUCCCCUCAACCCCUCUUCUGAUGCACACACUGAAACACAGUUCACACUUAACAUACAAUAACAUACACACACAUACAAACCCCCUCACACACACAUACACAUUCCACAACCCCACCACCGCCACCUUUUUUUGUCAAUGUAAUUAUAAUUUCUAGAACAAUUUGUGAUCAGAGUUUUUUGAAUAGAUGACUGCUGUCUGUACCGCUUAAUGUAUUAGCAGUCCUCUUGCUGUUUUAAAUUUGCCAAGCACUUAUAAAGCCCCCACCCUUUCCCUCCCCUCCCUCCCGCUCCCACCCCUCCUCUCUGAGUUGUGUGGCUGUAGAGCACCCCUCUUCUGUGUCACCAUCAAAGUCCCCUCAGGGACCCCAUCCAGCUUUAAUUAGAAUGAGAAGAAAAAAAUAUACUCUUCCUCUUCUUUAAUCAUUUUAAUUUCCUUUUGGGUUUUUUCUGGCUUUUUGUUGUUGUUGUUGUUGUUGCUGUUUUAUUUAUUUCUGGCUUGCAAAUUGUUCUUUUUUUUUGCCAAUAAGCGUUGGGCCCUGUACUGUAGGAAAAUAUUAACUUCUAGUAGGUUCAGCGCAGGCUUUGAUGUUAUGGUAGCUUUGCCUAAGGGCCUGCAAAUUGAUACAAAAAGCUUGGGUGGGGAAAAGUAACAAAACAAAAUAUUCUUUUUUUCAAAUAUUAAAGACCUGUUCAGGUCGACUGAGCUGUCACAGUGUGAUUGUAAAUAUCACUUUUAUGGGAUCAAAUUGGGAAUUGGAAGUCCAGAUAGAUUUGUUUCUUCUUUAAUAUUACAUGUAAGUCAUUUUGUGUGCGUGUGUGUGUCUGGACGUUAGAAUGUACCCCAUUCAUGACGUGUGGAGUCGAGUGUGUAUGUGCACGGACACACACUUGCGUGCGAGAGUGUCUCAGUGUUCGAGUGUCGAGUCUUUCUCGUGAAUUUUAACAGCCUUGUGCAGCUGGAUUUCAGAGGAGUAUUUCACACUCGUUCUUGCAUUAAAUCUGUGCUCACUGGUGUGUUUUUUUCCAAUAAAGUUCAAUCUAAAACUGAAUACACAAUAUGUGUCCUGCAGAUCAUUAAAUGGAAAGAGCCAGGUGAGAGGUAGAGAGGAAAGAGAUAGAGGAGAGAAAGAAACGCUGUGAGAUAAAAUGAGAUAUAAUGUUGCAGGUGAAAAAAAAAAAGAUAUUGCCUCAAAAUGCCCCCCGCCUCCCUUUUCUUAUUUUGUCUGACCAUAAUGUCAAUUUUGUCUACUCGACAUGCAGAAGUGAAGUAACAGAAUAUGUGAAUGGAGCCAUCACAUCCAUAUUCUAGUGAUUUUGAUAAGUUUCUACUUGGUGUUUGGUUGUGUUGAUCUCAUCUUUUUAACUUUUUGUGUGAUUAACAGAAAUGCAUUUUGCUGACAAAAACAUCUGUAUUUAUCUCCUUACUGUAGCAUAUUUUCAGUUUUAGUUGUUACAGAACUAUAACAUUUUAAGUUGUGUAAAAAAACCUGCCAAUUGUAGUUAUUUUAUUUGUAAAAGCCAGUAAUGAUAAAUAUUUUAAAUGGUUAUCAAUAUAUUGUUUUUUCGCUAGUUGCCCAUCAGCCAUUUGACAGCUUUUUCUUAUUUAUGAAAUAAAUUAGAUAUUUUUGCUUCUUACAAUGGAGGUGUAUUUUUAUUUUAUUUUAUUGUUUCAUUUCCUUUGGUUUGAUAAAAAUGAUGAUGACCACAACAAUGUUUGUAUUUCUUUAUUUUUUACAUUUUGGGUGCUGCUCUUUUCCCCCUUGCCAGCAGCAUCUGUUUGUGUCACAAUGCUUCUUUUAUUUUAAACCUGCAUAAUAAAAAAA